AUGGGCUGCGGAGGCUCAACACCACCUCCACCCUUACUGGCGCCCCCACCUCCUCAUCGAGAACCGACACCUCUUCCGCCGGACAAGGCGGAAGUGAUAAUAGACACCGCUGUGGAUGAGCAUGAGUUAUCUUCAACUGAAGAAACUUACCCGGAUGUGAUUCCACCGCCCUCUAGUGAAGCUACAGACGUCAAAAUUAAAGGCAACGACCGUUGGUUCGAGGAUGACGACUUCAAUAAAGCGAGCGACGACGCCGAUCUUUUUAACGUGGAGGAAGGGCGUGAUGAUAUCAGUGUGACGUCAUUAGGUUGGGAGGUUGGUGGAAGAACCAAGAAAGAUAAACAUUCCACUAAAGCUAAACCAACUUUAAAGUUUAAUGAAGUGGAUGACCAUGCAAGAAAGGCAAGUGACAGACUCAUGGAUUCCUUUCGAGAACUUACUGCCUACCUGAAACGUUCAGGGUCCCAGGAUCGGUUCAAUGAAAUAAUGCUGGCUCGUGCUAUUGUUGUAUGGAUGAGCACUCAGCGGAUGGACACACCCUGUGUUGGAGAUAUAGAGAGUCCUCGAGGUGUGAUGCAGCUGGUGAAAGAACGCCGGAUGACGUACACAACGUGCUAUGCUCUUCUAUGCAGGUUCUUAAUGUUAAUAAAUAAUCUGGAAUUGACACUCCAAUGUGCCAUUAUAAAUGGUCUAGUAAAAGCAGCGCGGUACGAACCAGGAAAUACAAAACUUCCGACAACGAACUGGACAGCCGUAUAUUGCGGCGAUUUCGGUUGGCAAAUUGUGCACCCAUUUUGGAUUUGUCGAGCGUUGUUUGGGAAUAAUAUCGGUGGCUGGACGAAGGUUGAAGCUGAUGGGAAAUUAAUGAGACAAAAAGAGAAAGCUUUCGGGGGAAUUGUCCGAAAUACGUUCCAGGACCGGUACUUUAUGCCAAAACCGUCGGAAUUCCUCUACGAAGCAUUUCCCUUCCAAAAGGACUGGCAAAUGGUUAAACCAGAAGCUCACCUUAAGACCAAGGAAGAGUUCUACAAGUAUCCGUACCUCCUCCCGCCCUUUCACGGCCAAGCUCUCAAUCUGGAGAGUGAACAGUCUUGCAUUUUAGAAACUGUUAAUGGAUUCUCCCGCAUUCAACUGAAAGCCAAAACGACGAACGCACAUAUGCUUAAUCUUCAAUACGAGCUGUUCAAGAAAGAUGAACAUGACGAUUCAGACGAUUCAAAAAACGUUCUGGCACGGAUGGUCUUUAACUCAAGAGCGAACGAACAUUUUAUAUUUGAUGUACGGUUUCCGAGAACGGGAACAUACAAACUUGUUAUUUACGGCGGACCAUAUAAGUCGACAGCGCUACGGCUCUGUGAAGUUUUGAUUAAAUGUAAACAGACGAUGAAAGAUUUUGAUCUACUGCCUCUUAGCUGUGAACAUUUUGGUUAUGGACCAGGCCCAGUAUCGAUGGAAGCAGGCCUUAUGAUGCCAACCAAACCGAACGGACUAAUUCCCGUCAACACGAAUGACAAGAAGCUUUCAACGGAAAUCAAGUUUCAAAUCAGAGAUGAUUUUGUUAAACACGAGCAGUAUUCUGCAUCUAUACACGGCGGUGAGGUUGGCGGGCGACGAGCGUCGAAGAUCGAUGGUAGCGACUUUGUGAAAGGGGUCAAUGAUGAAAGUGUUUCAGAGAAGAAACACGUCUCAGUUAAAAUUACCACUGAGAAUCAGUUGGUGAUAACGGUUCGCCUCCCGCGAGAGGGUGAAUUUGGCGUAACCAUCCACAAGGCGGCAAGUGUUUCCGGUGAGCAGCAAGAGAAGGCCAUCUGCAACUACCUGGUCUCCACGCUGCAAUAUCAUGGUACAUUUUACAAGGUCUGGUGA